CCCAAGUACUCGCCUCCACUUCCGGCCACCUCAGGCCCUUUCCGCUUGUUCCCUGCCUGUUUUAAUCUCUGCUUCCCAGGUCGUUCCCUGCACUAGGUCCGGGUCCCUCAGCACCCCUCAGCCGCCCCCAGCGGUUCGCUCCUCAUCCGGAAUCUCUCCGAGGUUCGGAGCGACUCUGCCCUGUGUCUUCGCGGAGCGGCCCGGGCUGAGGCCUGCCGUGCUCGUUGAGUCCGCGCAGGCCUGACCCCGCGUUUCCCCGCAGCUCCGUGGAGGCAGCCGCCGCCGCCUCGGGAUGCCGCGGCUGGGGUCCGCGCAACGCUGGGCGGCCGUCGCGGGCCGUUGGGGCUGCAGGCUCCUCGCACUGCUGCUGCUGGUGCCGGGACCUGGCGGCGCCUCUGAGAUCACCUUCGAGCUGCCUGACAAUGCCAAGCAGUGUUUCUACGAGGACAUCACGCAGGGAACCAAGUGCACCCUCGAGUUCCAGGUGAUCACUGGCGGUCACUAUGAUGUAGACUGUCGAUUAGAAGAUCCCGAUGGUAAUGUGUUAUACAAAGAGAUGAAGAAACAGUAUGAUAGUUUUACCUUCACAGCUUCCAAAAAUGGGACAUACAAAUUUUGCUUCAGCAAUGAAUUUUCUACUUUCACACAUAAAACUGUAUACUUUGAUUUUCAAGUUGGAGAAGACCCACCUUUGUUUCCUAGUGAGAAUCGCGUCAGUGCUCUUACCCAGAUGGAAUCUGCCUGUGUUUCAAUUCACGAAGCUCUGAAGUCUGUCAUCGACUAUCAGACUCAUUUCCGUCUGAGAGAAGCUCAAGGCCGAAGCCGAGCAGAAGAUCUAAAUACAAGAGUGGCCUAUUGGUCAGUAGGAGAAGCCCUCAUUCUUCUGGUGGUUAGCAUAGGGCAAGUGUUUCUUCUAAAAAGCUUUUUCUCAGACAAAAGAACCACCACAACUCGUGUUGGAUCAUAACUACAUUUUGAGAAUUGAUGCACCAUUGCCACUAUAAUAUUGCUGUCCCCUAAUUAAAUUUAAGUACUGAAGAACUGAAUAUUGGCAACAUUUUAAAAACCUUACUCAUAUACUUGUUGUGGAAAGGACACCUUUUUCUAUUUGUAAAGGUAUAAAAACUUUGAAACUUGUUUUGGGCUAUUCAUGUUAAAUAUUCAACACCAAUGAUCUACUCUUUUCUUGGUUCUUUAUAUCUACUCUUUGCACACUAGACUUUGGUAUUUUGAUUCCUUUUAGUCAUUUAAAAGUACUUUUCUUAUAGGUAGUGGAUAUUUUAAAAACCUUUGAUUUAAUGUCUACAUGUGUUGUGGAGGAAGAAAAUUGUCUUUGAAUUGUCUGUAGUAAAUAAGGUUUUGUUUUUCAGAAAAGCAAAUGUGAUUAACUGUAGCCCAAGCCCUAUUCUGCACUGUUUAAUUUUUAUGGGGGGAAAAAUUUACAAUAAAAAUGCUUGUUAAUAUUGAUAUAGUUUUAAGUUGAUACAUCACAGUAUAAUUUAUUUUUCACUAGCUUGAAAAAUGUCAGAUUUUUGUUUUGGGGGCUUAUUCUCUGAUUUACAACCAGAUAUGUUGUUUUUUUCAUAAAGACAUUCUUACCACACAGAAAAUAGUAUGUUUCAAUAACAUGAUAUACAGGCCUUAAAAAUCAGAUUAUCAUAACAGAAUAAUUACAGAAUAAUUUAAGACACUAGAAUGUCUUAUAGAGGAGUGCAAAUAGAAAAAUUUUUAGUGAGUUAUAAUUUUCUGUGCUUUUACAAACAAAAAAGGUGAUCUGUUUCAUUUUUAACAUUUAAUUGGCUGGUUCUUGCUUUUAUGUGGCUUUAAUGUCUUUCAGUCAUUCCCAACUAUUUUGACAGUUGUAAUAUUAGUAUCAAAAAGUGCCAUACAUUUUAUCCAGAUGGGUGUGAUGCACUGAGAAGUUAAUUUCUUUGUUGUUGUUUUUUCUUUCUUUUAUUCUUUUUUUUUUUUUUUUUUUUUUUUUUUUUUUUGUCUUGUACAUGUAAUUUGUACAAUCUCUGGUUGGCAGCCCUACGAUUUAAAAAUUUAGAGUGUUAUGUGUGUGUGUUUUAUUUGAUAAUCUUCAUUGAUUGUACUACAUUUAAUGAAUAUUAAAUAAUGCAUAUUCUGUACACUA